AUGUCGCGUGUCAAUCUAUCAAGUUUUGUAUUAGCUCCUAAAACUGCGUAUAAUACAUCCAUUUUAUCAAACGAAAAUCGUCCGCUGUACGAAAGUAAAAAUGAUUCAAAACGAGGACGAAAUCAAGAUAGUGGUGGUCGUUCAAUAAUAUUUAAUUCUCCUUCAACAUCUAGUGGUACAUCUCAUCGUACAUCACCUAAUACGUCAAAUACAAGUAGCUAA